AUGCCGGAAAGCUACCCCAAAUUCGAGGAUCUUCCUACUAACAAGAGUGGCCCGCAUGGAAAUGCAUGGGGUCUCUGGGGUACUAACGAUCAGAUUGGAACAUUGAAUCAUCUUACGGAUGAUGUAGUUUCGCGAGCUGCAAAAGAAGAAAUCAAAACGGGAAAGAGAGUAUCUUUGAAUUGGUCCUUGAAAGGUCCCUCAUAUCCAAGGUUCCCGAGGAAAAUUCUAGACGUCAAACUCAUCAAUAAGGCGCCAUUAAAACACGCCCAUGAUGAUGAGUGGUCUUUCAAUUCCCAAUGUAGCUCCCAGUGGGACGGAUUCCGCCAUUAUGCAUAUCAAAAAGAGGGAUUGUACUAUCUAGGUCACACCGCCGCGGACUUUGCAGGGUCCUCCGAGUCCAACAGCAUCCACCAUUUAUCUGUAAAAGGCAUCGCUAGUCGGGCCGUAUUCAUUGACUGGUAUGCUUGGGCUCAAAGGAGAGGUCUAACAGUCGACGCGAUGAGCAAUCAUCCCGUACAAUGGACGGAACUUAUCCAAGUUCUCGAGGACCAGGGGAUGUCUCUUAACGAGAUACGCCCUGGUGAUAUACUUGUCAUACGUUUUGGAUAUCUAACACAGUACGAAGGAAUGGAAGAAGCGAAACGACAUCGUCUGAAUGAGCAGUACAAAACACAAAAGCCGCAGAACAUCGGGAUCCAGCCUUCAAGGCAAUUUCUUAAAUUUCUUUGGAAUACGAAAAUCGCAGCUGUUGCGGGUGAUUCGCGGUCUUUUGAAGUUUGGCCUUGUCAAGAGUUAGAUUGGCAUUUACACGAAUGGCUUCUGGCUGGUUGGGGUAUGCCAAUUGGUGAGCUAUUCGACUUAGAAGCUCUAAGUAAAAUGUGUUCCUCUCUUGGACGAUAUACAUUUUUCCUCUCAAGUUCCCCAAUGAAUGCCCCAGGAGCGGUUGCGAGUCCUCCCAAUGCUCUUGCGUUUUUUUAG